AUGGCGCAAAACAGGCACUGGGAGCAGGACAAGGACGCCACCAUCUACAUGGGCAACAUUGACGAGCGCGCCACGCCCGCCAUGAUGUACGAGAUCAUGCUGCAGAUGGGCCCCAUCCACAACAUCCACAUGCCUCGCGACCGCGUCACCCAAUCCCACCAGGGCUUUGGCUUCGUCGAGUUCCGCGCCCCCGCCGACGCUGAGUACGCCGCGGCCGUCAUGAACGGCAUCAAGCUCUUCGGCAAGUCCCUGCGCGUCAACAAGGCCUCCGCCGACCGCUCCCGCACCGGCCCCGGCGGCGGCCCCGGCGGCACCACCGAGAUUGGCGCGGAGCUCUUCGUCGGCAACCUCGACCCCGCCGCCGACGAGCGCGUCCUCUACGACACCUUUUCCCGCUUCGGCCCGCUGCUGUCGCUGCCAAAGGUGGCGCGCGACGACGCCGGCGUGUCAAAGGGCUUCGGCUUCGUCAGCUUCGGCGACUUUGAGAGCGCGGACGCGGCGCUCGAGGGGCUCGCGGGCCAGUACCUCCUCAGCAACCAGGUCACGGUGCAGUACGCGUUCAAGCGCGACGGCAAGGGCGAGAGGCACGGCGACCAGGCGGAGCGCGAGCUCGCGGCGCAGGCUAGGAAGCGCAACGUCCUCCCCGAGGCCGUUCCCCUCCCCCCGGGCUUCCUCAACCCGCCUCCCGCCGCCGCCGCGCCGCCGGCGCAGCAACCCGGCAGCAACGGCUCCCUUGCUGCGGCGCCAUCCACGACGCCGCAGCCGCCGGCAGGUUUUGUAGUGCCGCCGCCGGGCAUGCCGCCGGGCAUGCACAUGGGCGCUCCUCCUCCCGGCUUCGCCCCGCCGCCCCGCGGGCCCUCGCCGUACAGCAACAACAACGCCGGGCAGGUACCGCCACCUUCCUCUGCCGGCCGUGGCGGCGCUCCCCUACCGCCUGCGCCGUCGGGUUUGCCCGCGCGCCCGCCCCAGAGCCAGGGCGGCUACAACAACCCGGCCGACUACCACCCGAGCGGCGGCAGCGGCAGCAGCUACCGCGGCGGUGCGCCUGCCCCGCCUCCCCCCGGCUUCCCCGGUGCGCCUCAGCAGCAGCAGCAGCAGCAGCCUCCUCCUGGGUUCGGCGCGCCGGGCAACGGCGCUCCUCCGCCGCCGGGCUUCUUACCGCCGCCGCCGGGCUUCCCGCAGCAAGCCCCUCCUGGCUACCCCCGUCGAUGA